GCACUGUCCCCGGGAUUGGUCUCCGGUCUUAGCGCUCCGCCCCUGGGGAGGAGCAAGGCAGCUCGGGGUCCAGCCUGUUCUCUCUGCAGCUGGAGAAGAGGCUCCACGCUGGGCGGGGAUGGGGCCGGAAACUCUCUGGGUCUGAGCCGGGGGCGCUGGCGCCACUUGUCCCUCUCCCUCUCCAGGAUCCUUGAGAUCCCUGGGCCCUAGAGGUUCGGUCAGACUAAGGGCCUGGGGAUGCCCCCUGCCUGGCCCCCUUGCCUGGACUGGCAGGGGGGCCGGGCUGGGCAGCAGCCUCCCUCCAGCAGCAGCCAUGGAUCUCCUGCCCCCCAAGUCCAAGUACAACCCACUCCGGAACGAGUCUCUGUCAUCGCUGGAGGAGGGGUCUUCAGGGCCUUCCCCACUGGAGGAGCCGCCUUCCCCAUCAGCCUCGUCUCUGGGGCCCACCCUGCCACCUCUGCCCGGGGAUGACAGUCCCACUACCCUGUGCUCCUUCUUCCCCCGGAUGAGCAACCUGAAGCUGGCCAACCCAGCCGGGGGGCGCCCGGGGCCAAAGGGGGAGCCAGGAAGGGCAGCUGAGGAUGGGGAGGGGCCCGGAGGGGUGGCCGCGCCAGACUCAGGCCCCCCGCCCCUCCUCCAGGACAUGAACAAGCUGAGUGGAGGCGGCGGGCGCAGGACUCGGGUGGAAGGCGGCCAGCUGGGGGGCGAGGAGUGGACGCGCCACGGGAGCUUUGUCAAUAAGCCCACACGGGGCUGGCUGCAUCCCAACGACAAAGUCAUGGGACCCGGGGUUUCCUACCUGGUUCGGUACAUGGGCUGCGUGGAGGUUCUGCAGUCAAUGCGCGCCUUGGACUUCAACACCCGCACCCAGGUCACCAGGGAGGCCAUCAGCCUGGUGUGUGAUGCUGUGCCCGGUGCCAAGGGGGCGACGAGGAGGAGAAAGCCCUGUAGCCGCCCGCUCUGUUCCAUCCUGGGGAGGAGUAACCUGAAGUUUGCCGGGAUGCCGAUCACGCUCACCGUCUCCACCAGCAGCCUCAACCUCAUGGCCGCAGACUGCAAACAGAUCAUCGCCAACCACCACAUGCAGUCUAUCUCUUUUGCGUCCGGUGGAGACCCGGACACAGCUGAGUACGUCGCCUAUGUUGCCAAAGACCCGGUGAAUCAGAGAGCCUGCCACAUCCUGGAGUGUCCCGAGGGGCUGGCUCAGGACGUCAUCAGCACCAUCGGGCAGGCCUUCGAGUUGCGCUUCAAACAGUACCUCAGGAACCCGCCCAAGCUGGUCACCCCUCAUGACAGGAUGGCCGGUUUUGAUGGCUCGGCUUGGGAUGAGGAAGAGGAAGAGCCACCUGGCCACCAGUACUAUAAUGACUUCCCGGGAAAGGAACCCCCUCUUGGGGGAGUGGUGGACAUGAGGCUUCGGGAAGGAGCCCCCGGGGCAGCUCGACCCCCCCCACCUGUUGGCCAGACCUCCAGCCACCUGGGAGCAACGCUGCCGGUGGGGCAGCCUGUGGGGGCAGACCCGGAAACCCGCAAACAGAUGCCACCUCCGCCACCCUGCCCAGCAGGGAAAGAGCUCUUUGACGAUCCUUCUUACGUCAAUGUGCAGAACCUGGACAAGGCCCGGCAGGCAGGGGGUGGGGCGGGGCCUCCCAGUGCCGCUGUCAAUGGCAGUACGCCCCGAGACCUCUUUGACAUGAAGCCCUUCGAAGAUGCCCUUCGGGUGCCUCCGCCCCCCCAGGCGGUGGCCAUGGCUGAGCAGCUCCGAGGGGAGGCCUGGUUCCACGGGAAGCUGAGCCGGCGGGAGGCCGAGGCACUGCUGCAGCUGCACGGGGACUUCCUGGUGCGGGAGAGCGCGAGCAGCCCGGGCCAGUAUGUGCUCACCGGCCUGCAGAGCGGGCAGCCCAAGCACCUGCUGCUGGUGGACCCAGAGGGCGUGGUUCGGACAAAGGACCACCGCUUUGAGAGUGUCAGUCACCUCAUCAGCUACCAUGUGGACAAUCACUUGCCCAUCAUCUCUGCGGGCAGUGAACUGUGUCUCCAGCAGCCCGUGGAGCGGAAGCUGUGACCCUCGCAGUGCUUUCUCCCCGAAGGGGCCCUCCCACCCCUUCUCCCCUACUCCUUGAUUCUCAGGACCUCAUGUGGGAGCAUUCUGUGGGCUUGGCCUUGUGCUGGAGCUGGGGAUAGUGUGGACAUGGCUCAGCACCCACUGAAUGAGAGGGUUUGUCAGAAGCUGGGGGUAGAAUCCUGUUUCUUCCAGAACCUUACCAAAGUAUUAUUGAACAGAGUGGCUCCCUUCCCUGGGCCUUUCCUGUGCCAAUCUGAUACCCCCUUUCCCAAGAAGGUGGAUGCUUGAGGCGUGGGCAGUGUGUCUCCUUGAAGUGAGAAAGGCUUUAAUGGGGGCAGUCACCUUUCCAAGGAAGGGGGAUGAAUCACACCUUUGGUCUACCCCUGGGCUCAGGGUACCCCAGACCCCUUUCAACAACCCUCCCUCCCAGUGGUUAAACUUUGUGCCUUUGACCAUCUCCUAGGUCUGAAGAUAUUUUAUGCAAAGAGUUCUUGAGCCCCUGAGGUCGAGGGUGGGGGUACUGACAUCUUCUUGGCUUCUGGGACCCCCCUCCAGUUGAGGUUGGGAGAACAGAGGCAGGAAUGUUAGCUGUCCCUUCCGCCCGGGGACAGGCAACCCUUAGAUAUUGCCUCAAGAGCCCCCUUCCUGGCCAGCGGGGAGAUGGACCCUCCCUUGCUCAGUGCCUCCUGGCCAGGGGGCACCCCUCACCCAAGGGAUCUGUACAUACAUUUCCUAAGUCUGUGUCGUUUGUCCCCCCUCCCCCAUGUUGCAUGCAUGUUACACUCUACAGCCAAAGCAUAGCCCUGGGUCCUAGAACCCUCCUCUCUUCGGGGUGGGGGGGGUGUUGGUGGGGCGGUGGCAGGGACUGGAUUCAGUCCUCCUGACCUGGUAUCUUUCCCAGGGGCAUCUGUGGAGGCAGAAGAAAGCAGUGGACAAUCCCCAAAUACCAUCUGUAGACUUGGGAAGGGAUUUAUUUUUAUUUUUUUAUGCAUAUAUUUUAGGGCUGUAGAUUUAUUUUCCUCAUGUGUUUUCCGUGGCAAAUGACAAUAAUCAAUUACGUGUACACGUCACCUCUGACUUUUCAAAGCCUUUUACAAUGAUCGGCAUUUUCCUCCUCCCGCCCGGCCUGGGCGGCGGGUGGGCCCCCAGCAUCUCCUUUCCGGCCGAGACGCGGGGCUCCAGGAGGGGUCCCGAGCCAGGACGGCAGCGAGGCGGGGAGGCCCCACGGGUGCGAGCCGCUUCACUCCUGCAGCGGCGGGGCCUGGCCGCCUCGCCGGCCCUUCGCGGAGCGCCCGGAGCGCGUCCUGCCGCUGCGAGUCUGGGUCUCCGCGGUCUCUGUCCCGGCCUUUCCGUGUCGUUCGCGCGUCUCCACGGGUCGCGAUGAUACCAAAGGGAAAUCGUCUUCAUUAAAGUCCCUGUUUCUUGUA